AUGAGGUGGAAACAAGUACACGCUGUACCUGGCAGUAACACCUCGGACACCUCGCGUCCGUCGCAAGGCUCAUCGGCUUUCUCUACCGCUUGCGAUUUUUGCCGUCACCGAAAGAUUCGUUGCAAUCGAGAACAGCCAUGCGACAAGUGCCAGAAGCACGGUAGGGCCAACACGUGUCACUUUGAAGAUGGUCGAACCAAAAAGCGCCAACGCCCAAACAAUGCGGCUUGUGCGGCAGUACAUCAAGACGAAAGCCGCGUUGGUCAGCUCGGGGACGAGCUCGAGCUCGAGCUCGAGAUCGCCCGUGUUGGUCAGCUUUCCGCGACGCCAGGUCGACACGGUAAUGUACGCUUCAACCGCGCUUCAUCAGAGGCUGCUGGUCAAGUCAGCGUGGAUGAAGCAAGUCGUGUUGAAGCGCACAAUACGUCGGGCCAGGCUAAGGACGGCUCACACGCGUUUGCCAAUCCACGGCUCAACGAGACUGCGUUCAGACAUACCGCAGAGACGCACCAUGCUGCUCCAGUAGCCCACACGGACGUGCGUGCAUCGUCUGUAUCAUGCUCGUCGCUGAAUGCUGCAGUGCGGCCUCACAGCUCGUCACCUCUGCCGACUUCGCCAACUUCGUCGGCGGUCGCUAGCAUCAUUGCGGAUCUGGGCGAUCCGAGGCAUUCAAUCGGACAUGCUGAACGGACGCGCGCCUCUGCGUCACCCAGCCAGCAAGCUACACGUGGAGUCAUGUCAAAUCUGCGCGUCAACAAUCGAGGCGAAUCGCGAUACCACGGUCCGACGAGUGCUUCGUUCAACGCGCCUGAAGCAUUGAGCGAGGAUUCUCGAGCUGGAAUUGCGUCUGCGCAGGGCCGUCUCAGUGUGGAUGGUGGCGGUGGCGCCAAUCCAGCAGGUGGUAGUCAAGAGCAGCGUGUCUCGCUGGAUGCAGCCGUGCUCACCGACAGAUUGACAUCGCUGGCUGCUCGCGAAAGACAGGAAGAGGUGAUGAACGUUGUCGCUGGCAGACUCGACUUUGACGGUGUAGAGCCUGAGCUGGCGAUCCACCUGCUCAACUUGCACUGGAAUCGGCAGCAUCACGCCUACCUGGUCACGUACCGACCGCUGUUCAUGCGGGAUAUGGCGGCUCCUCCAGGCAAAGCAAAGUACUUUUCCAAGCUACUCUUCCACGCUAUCCUGUUCGGUGCCGCCAAGUUUUCAGACCGCAUCAAUCAGGUCAGGUCAGACGUCAAUGAUCCCUCGACGGCUGGCCAACAGUUUCUCGAACGCGUCCAGCAACUGUUACCAGAAGCGUUGAUCAAGAGCCGCAUCACGACGGUGCAAGCGUUGCUGUUACUCGCAUGCACGCACUAUGCCCGUGGUAGCGAGAGUGCAGCUUGGCUACAUUCCGGAUUGGCUUUCCGCAUGGCGAUCGAUCUGGGGAUGAACGAAGAUAGUAUCGAGCUGGUUGCAUCGGGCAACAUGGCACUCGAGGAGCUCGAGCUUCGUCGACGUGUAGUAUGGGCCGCGUUUGUGAUUGACAAGAUCCACUCGCUCUACCAAGGUCGGCAGGCUUCGAUUGAACGGCGCAACCUGUAUGUGCCCAUCGAGUUCCACGACCAUUUCGAAGAGACCGAGUUCUGGACGCCUGUUGCGUUUCACCGACCUCUGAGCGAGGCAGAGGCGCAAAGCAAAGCUACAGCCAGAGGCACCAACGCCGCCACUCCGAGUGGCUACACGGGACCGAUCUACAGUGUUUCUACGUUUGCCGAGCUGUGCAGGCUGACGGUGAUUAUGGAAAAGAUCAUCCAGAUCUUCUAUUCGAUCGAUAGCGGUGCGCGAUCCGAAAGAGCACAAACGGAACACUUGAUUGAAAUGCGCUCCGAGCUCGCCGCUUGGCGCACGUCGUUGCCUGCACAUCUGCGUAUCGACUCGAGCUCGCCAGCAGGUAGAAGUGGCGGCCAACGCUCUCGCACUUGCCCGCCCAAUCUGAUCUCGUUGCACGCACUCUAUCAUGCGUUGACGAUCCUGCUGAAUCGACCAUUCCUACCACAUGGACAUCUUCGCAGCGACGAUGCAGCUUGCGGCAGAUCGUCAUGGAAAGCAUGCGUGGAUGCAGCGUCGAGCAUCUCGAGCCUCAUGAAUCUGUAUCGUCAGACGGUGAGCAUGAAGGGAGCGCCGCAGCUCAUCUCAUACAUCAACUUUUGUGCUGCAGGAAUUCACGUUCGUGUAGCAGCACAGCUGCAACAGUCCAACACGUCGAGCGAAGGUGCUAAUCUGGCAGCCGCAUCCAGUCGCAGAUACGAGCUGAAAGCGCUCCGACAAUGCCUGCAGGAUUUCGAGGAGAAUCAAGAUCCCAACCCGGGCGUCGCUAAAGCCAAGAGUGUGAUCCGCAACAUGGCCGAGAGAGCUGGCAUUCUCAACCUGCUUCAAGACGACUCGGGAGAAGGUGGAUUGUCGCCGAUCAACCAAGAUGACAGUCCACCGCUGAUGAAUCUCGUCGGCCACAGUGGUAGCCAAGCGAAUCGAGGGGGUGCUGCAAAUCGCGUCGAGCUUGUUGGAGCAAGCGCACUUGCACGCCAUGCGAGCGCGCUGUCCAUGACAACACCGUCGUCCUCGACUUCGAUCGCCGCAGCAGGAGGAGCAACAGCCGCAUCAGCAGCGUUGAAUCGAGUAGACGCAGCGCAGAACUCAACUUCUGCACUCACACCGCCCUACGAGAUCGACUUUGAAAGCAUUCUCGCCUCGUUUGAUCACUUUGAGUCCGCAGCCGGUCCUGGUCGAGACGGCCUAUUCGCAACAGGCACAGCGGAUCCCAACACCAACUCGGACAUUCUCUUUGGCUUUCUUCGUGACUAUGAUGCACCCUCUGCCCUCUCGCUAUGA